ACCAAUGAGAUCAGUUAGAAGGCGAACGUCGGUGAAUACGGAGCAAAUUAGCUAAAAUCGAAAUUAAAAAAAAAUCGACUAGCAAUAACAAAAGUUAAGCUCAGUGUCACAAACAGAAAACAACAAAAAUAAUUUUUAAAAACUCAAAAAGUACAAUUUAAGUGACUCAUUCUCCAAAUCUGUCGAAGAUGCAUUUGAAAUGUGACCUCAUCAUAUCGCUACUUGCUCUGAGCCUGUUUGCGCUUAGCGCCGUGCACAGCGCAGAAAAUAUGGACGCAGCUGAAGACUCAACCGAAGAGAGUAUGGAGCUGAGUCUACAGUCGACGGAGGUCAGCAAUGCUGCACCACCAAACACUGCAGAAUCGACGAUCGCAUCAACACAAAUGACGAAUCAGUUUGAAACCACAAAUAGUUUCGAAGAGCCACGCCCACAACUGCGUAAUAUUAAAACUCUGGACGAUCAUUGCCUCAAAGGCUUUUGCUACAACUUCAACUAUGGCCGACUCGAUGAGGUGGCUUUUUUCGAUAUCAAACCUGAUGUGCACAUCAAUAAAGACCGCGCCACCUACGACAUCGUCAACGAGCACAACUAUGACACGCUGAUCUUUGAGAAAUCGACCUUCGCACGUUUUCCGUUGCAUCUCUUCUAUGCGAUAGGUGUGAAGGAGUUGGAUAUGCGCAAUUGCUCCAUACAAGUGAUGACGUGGGAGUGCUUCCUCAUGUCACAAGAUUUGCGCAUCUUAUUGCUCUCCAACAAUCUCUUGCAGACAAUCGAAGCGUCAACAUUCAAAUUUGCCAGCGAUCUGCAAUAUCUUUUCCUCGAUUCCAAUCGCUUGACGCUUCUACAUCCCAGUAGUUUUGAGGGUCUAACCAAGUUACGUUAUUUGGAUAUGCACCAAAAUUUUUUGACGCAAUUGCCGGCUGGUUUGUUCGAUCAACUGCCUGCCUUGGAGGAGCUACAUCUGGACGAUAAUCGUUUGCAUACGCUUAACAAUCAGCUCUUCCUCAAUAAUCUGAAUUUGAAGAUUCUCACGUUGGGCGCGAAUCGUCUGCAAGACAUUGGCGAGAAUACAUUUCGGCGUCAGGCACAGCUUAUCAUCUUGGAUAUUUCGAACAAUCCCGAGCUACGUACGCUUGUCUUGAAGCUACAGUUGCGAAAUUUAGUGGCUUCCAAUUGCGCACUCCGGCGUGUCAAUAUUUACGGAUAUGUCCGUAAUGUCGACCUCAGCUACAAUCGCAUACUGGAGCUGUACUUUGCCGAACCGCAGCAGCUGGAGACGCUGAACCUACGCAAUAACUCACUCCAGCUGAUUGCCUCAUUAUCGCGUGCUACCAACUUACAAGUGCUGGACUUGGGCGAUAAUCCCGAGUUGGGCACGCUGCCCUCACCAUGGCUAGCCAAUGCUCUGAAACGUUUGGACCUUGGCAACACCGGUUUGCGUCAGCUGCCCAUUGAGGCAAUCGCCGACCAAGAGCAACUGAACUUUCUCAACGUCUCCUAUAAUCAAUUGCGUGAGAUCAAUCCGCUGAACUUCCCGUAUCUAGAACAAUUAAGUCAUUUCGAUAUACGUGCAAAUAAUUGGAAUUGUUACAAUUUAAAUAUUCUUAUGGAAAUUCUGCUAAACCCGCACAAAAUUAUUUAUGGUUAUGACGAAAUAGAUCCAGAGUAUCCGGGUACAUACAUCAAUAAGAUCGCGUGCAUGUAUCGUUUGGAGGAAGAUAGCGCAGAGGAGGACUUGGCUAUCAGCAAUCAACAACAGGUUGAGGCGGUGAGUGGAAAUACUCUUGGCCAAUUAGUGAAGCUGCGGAAGAAUACACAAGAGCAUGUGGAGACUUUUCGCAGAGAACUCAAAGCUAUUGUGGGCUUUUAUGAACAAAAAUUUGAUCACGCUUUUCGCAUGAUCGACGAUUUGAAUGCCCGUUUAGAGAAUUUUGAGCGUUUGAAUGAAACGAUUUUGCAGCAUGUCACGAUUACGGUCUAAAUUUUCGGGCACAAUUUAAUUUGUUUUAAUCUUAAGUUUAUCUAAAUGUUUUCCAGUGCAAUUCGAAGUGUUUAGUUUAUAUUUGUUUUUUUGGAAAAAUGAAUAAAGUUCACGAACUGUA